AUGGCAGUCCACACUCUCCCUCUACAUUCAGCAGCAGCAGCAGUUCAACUCGAUGGCUCAAAUGAAGCACGACAAUUGCCUAACCUGCAAACUCUCGCAUUAAGUCCAAAAGAGGAUAACAUUGAAGUUCGCGAGAAAUAUCGCCCGUUUAUUCUUUCGGAAGAUGCCGCCGAGGAUUGGGUGGAGAGCCUGGAGCUCACCACUGCUCUUAAAAUGGCUGAAAGUAACCUCCUACUCACGAACCAGAGGUUGAAGGUGCUUGUACUUUAUGGCAGUCUUCGGUCAAGGUCAUAUUCUCGACUCGUGGCCUAUGAAGCUUCACGAAUUCUUUUCCGUCUCGGCUGUGACGUGCGCGUCUUUGAUCCUGAAGGUCUCCCGGUCAAGAACGACAGGGAUCAGAACCAUGCCAAAGUUCAGGAGCUCAGAGAGCUCAGUGCGUGGAGUGAUGGACAUCUUUGGGUUUCCCCCGAGCAGCAUGGAAAUUUGACUGCAGUGUUCAAGAACCAAAUUGACUGGAUCCCCCUAAGCACGGGAAGCGUCCGUCCAACUCAAGGCCGCACACUCGCCAUUGCCCAGGUCUGCGGCGGAUCCCAAUCAUUCAAUGCCGUCAACUCAUUGCGUAUCCUCGGCCGAUGGAUGCGCAUGUUUACCAUUCCCAACCAAUCCUCUAUACCACAAGCCUACACUCACUUCCCGGAUGAAGGCCAGCCGGGAGAUCAACGGCUGAAGCCGAGUGGGAACCGGGAUCGUUUGGUGGAUUGCAUGGAGGAGUUUGUCAAAUAUACUAUCCUGAUGCGACCGCAUCUGGAACUCUUUGGUGAUCGUUUCAGCGAAAGGACGGAGAAGAGGAUUAAGGCUGCCAAGGAGCAAGCCAGUGCCACCAUUUAA